GCGCAGCAUGUUUUGCCCAUUGGCUGUGCCUCUCGUCUCGAGAGCUUCUGGAUGCUAACGUUAGCAGUUCGAAAAUGAAACUCUGGAUUUUGAACUUCCUGCAAGUUAAUGGCAACGUUUAAACGUCCAAAAUAUUCGGAGGGGACGCAAAAUGUUGAGGAGAGAAACAUCUCGAUCGUAUCAGGAGUUCAGUGGUGAAGACUGUGCUGGCUCACUCAGCCCCUACCAGAAUGAUGAAGUUGAUGGAGUUUCUGAAGUGGAACAUGAUAAAGCAAGCUGUGAUCCUUUACCAGACGAGGACGCUGUGGACACCAAUUUAAUGUCCAUUGCCUUCAACAAAGCUUGCUUGAAGAAUGUCUUUACAGUCAUCCUGGUUCUCAUUUACUUGAUGCUUAGUACAGUGGCUGCAUUCUUGGCCUACCAAACCAUUUCAGACUUUAUGGAGAAGCUCACCCAUCCAGUGAUGUCUGUUUCAUACAAAGAGGUUGAAGAGUUUACAGCACCAGGAAUCGCUUUGUAUCCUGGAAAGGCUCAGUUAUUGAGUUGCAUGCAUCACUUUCAUGACAACAUUUCCCCUCCCAUUGCAUCGGGCAGCCGAGAGGAUGGCAACUGUAUAAUAGAGGAGAUCAUUUAUUAUGGGCCAUAUUCAAACCAAACAAAAAAGCGAGCCAUGGUGGUCAGGGGCCCGACUGAUGUUAGAAACCGAGAACUUAUAUUCCUGCAGUUCAGUCGUAACGAAACGGAGGAAGAUUUCAGUGCAAUAAGCUACAUGAUUUUUGCCAAAUUCAGUGAUAUGCUUCAAAGCUCAGAUAAGGCUGCUUUUAUGACAGAUUGUGAAAGAAACUAUUCAUUGUGGACCUUCUCUGGAGGAUUUCGGACAUGGGUUAAAAUGUCUUUGGUCAAAACGUCAGGCAGAGAACAUGAAUCAGUGGAAUUUAGGCAGGAGUCCAGUGUAGUGAAAUACAUCGACAAGAGGCCUCCACAGGAACAAGCCAAUGAACUUUUCUUUGUUGUGUUCCAAUGGCGAGAUCCAUUCAUACAGCAAGUUAAAGAUAUAGUCACAGCAAACCCAUGGAACACCAUAGCCAUUUUGUGUGGCGUGUUUAUGGCUCUAUUUAAAGCAGCAGACUUUGCCAAACUCAGCAUUAAGUGGAUGAUCAAAAUUCGUAAGAGACAUUUAAGAGCAAAAAUGAGAGAAUUGAACCAAAUCAGCUAAUGCUUACAAAAAAAACAUUUUUUUAUAUGACAACACAACAUUUGAACACAAACUGAGGGUUUUUAAUUUCAAGCUAGUAUUGUAUUGUAUUGUAUGUUACGUUUUAACUGGACUAUAGAUUUUAACCUGACAUUGCUAAGCCAAGGUAACUACUGACAGUGUUUUGAACAGUAAUUGUUGUAGCAAUUUUAUAGGGCAAAGUGUAUAUGGUUUGUGACACUGAAAUAUUAACUAGGCUGGUUGUUUAGCAUCCAUUCUCUGUGAGAUUCAGGUUGUUUAAAUGGGACAUAUCAUGAAAAUAUGACUUUUAGUAGUGCUAUAAUUGGGUCCCUUUUGCUUCUAUCAACCUAGACAAUGUGAAACCAGUAACUUAGUUUUGAUAAACAAUUCUUUGCAAGCAUGUGAAAAAAUAGGUAAUUAAAAUUUGGCUCCCCUUGUUAUGUCAGAAGGGGAUAAAACCGCCCCUUAAUCUGCACUAUCCAACCCCUGCACAGAGAUCAACUCAUUUGCAUUUAAAAGGACCCCCCCCCCAAAAAAAACGCACAUUUUUGCUCAUACCUACAAAAUGGCAAUUUUAACAUGCUAUAAUGAAUUAUCUAUAGGGUAUAUUGAGUUAAAACAUCAUAUUUGUACUCUGGGGACACAAAAUAUUUAUUUUUUCGUUUUAAAAAGUCUGGUGAAAUGUCCCCUUUAAAGGAUGACUUACCAGGCAGUGUGAAACCAUAAACAAUGUGAACAACAAUAAGGCUUUUGUAAUGAAAAACAUCAGAUUUUUGCCUAAAACAUUUCAAAGGGAUCAAUAAAUGUCCUAGUUUGUUACUGACCACUAUAAUGCAAAGCAUACACCAUGAUGCAGCAAUUUUCUUAGGGUCAGAGGUGAUCUGUCCUGGCUGCUUUUUAACCUGUUGCUAUCAAUGUGAGCAAGAAAUGUUUUAUUAAUUUGAUACAUGUUGUAUAACCCAUAUGAAUUGUAUGAAAUGUUUUAACAACAUGCAGAAGGGAUCCUGUCAUAAAGAAUUACUUGAUGAUUUCUUAUAAUCAAAUGACUUGACAAAUGUGUCCAUAUACCAUUCAGACUCCAUAAUAUCAUUAUUUUUUAUUGAUUAACAGUGCAUUUUUUAAUCGCCCAGAUUGUUAAAAUAAAUCUGAACAAAAGUGUAUUGUUUAUCUGCUGUAUGAGAUAAAUGUGAAUUUUGGCAUAUGUAUAAAAAUACACUAGCAAGCAUCCGCCACUGUGCAAAGAUUUUAACCCAGAUACUUGAAUCUACUUUAACCAUGAUUCCUUAUAUUUGGAAGUUGUGGCAUAUACUUUUUUUAAGUGUGAAAUAAAAAUGUAAUAUUAAAGCUUUCCUUGUUUGUUA